AUCGAACAGACGCAUUCUUUUCUGUUAAUGUUUCCACACUCCGGAUGAUUGGCUCUCAAAUAAUGAUUCACCCCUUUCUAAAAUGGAUGAGUACGACUAGUUACGCCCUCCUCGGUACCUUCUCCUUCGUCUCGAUCGUUGGUAACGGGUUUGUGUUCUGGGCCAUGACAGUGGAUAAACGACUUCGAACCAACUCUAAUCUCUUCAUAUUGUCUCUCGCCUUAUCUGACUUUCUGAUGGGCUGCAUUUCGAUCCCAAUAUACCUGCUGUUACACAUAUCAGAAGAGAACGUGCUAGGAGAUGUUAUGUGCAGUAUAACUGCAUUCCUUGAUAACACUCUAGUGAUCGUCAGUAUGUGGACUCUUCUGCUCACAUCUCUUGAUAGGUUUCUACUGAUAGUGUACCAGAAGAUUUACCACGACGUCCUUAACAGGAGGAACACCAUCCUCAUGAUUUUAGCAGUGUGGAGUUACGCUGUUGUUAUAGCAGGUCUACCUCUCGUUGGCUGGAACCGCUACGAAUAUACCGGGAACACCUGCUCAAUUGCUGACCAGAAUCAUCCUUACUUCAGAACUUUCUUCUUUCUGACAUUCCCCAUCCCCCUGAUAAUCACAGCUACCUGCUACAUCUGGAUAGCCGUGAAAACAAACAAAGUUCACCACAAAGCGCAGUCCCACAACAAGAAGAAAUUCCAAUUCUCCCAGUCCGCCAACCAACUCCGCAGGACUGGCACCACAGACAAGGUGGCCCGGGUCACUACCAUGGUCCUGGUCCUGGUGCUAGCUCAUGUUGUGCUCACUUUACCUGCUUUUACUAUCAACCUCAUCACUACAUUUCAGAUUGCCCACAUCAACGAACACUUUGAAGGGGUUGCUAACGAUGUUGUUAUCCUCAUGUUUUUUGCUAAUGCAGCUGUGAACCCCAUCCUCUACGGGGUCUUCAACACCAACUUUCAAGCGGCGUUUGAAUUCUGUCCUUGUAAGAAACUCACUUCCCCUGGUAUCACCCCUUCUCCUCACUCGAUUAAAAACUCUUCCGUUCGCUCUCCUUCUCCCAACUCUGUUGUCAUAUCCCAAAUAAUGCCCUCUCCUUCUCCUAAUGUCCAGAGGAAAGAGCUCACGGUGGAAACCAGCCUUAAUACACAUGAAAGAUUAUCAAGGAAUUGUACAAAGUGUAAUGAUGCAGAGAUCCACAGUAAUAACCUUAAUGUUCCUGUUGUUUAACAAUUAUUUGACAUCUCAACCACGUAACCCACGGUGGAGCAUGUUGAACAUUUUGAACAUGUUGAUUGUUCAACAUGUUGAUUGUUGCCUGUGUUUUAAUAUCUUGGGAGUGUGAUAUUCCUUAUUUGUGUAUAUUUUGUUAUUUAAGUUUUGUCAGUUUUGUAUAAAUUGUGAAUAUGAUUUG